AUGCUGCGGACUUGUCAGUUAUUCCGCGUGAUCGCCGCCCAGAGUGGUCUCUGUGGGAAGUCUGUCGUCCAUCCACUGCGACCGUGCCAUAGAGCUUCUACUUCAGGCAGUUCUGGGGUGACUGCCAGCAGAAUCGCUGGAGCUGGCCUUAUAUUUGUUGGUGGAGGUAUUGGCGGCACUAUCCUAUAUGCCAAAUGGGAUUCCCAUUUCCGGGAAAGUGUGGAGAAAACCAUACCUUACUCAGACAUACUCUUCCAGGUGGUGCUUGGUUCUGCACCUUGUAAUAGUCAAUUGCCAAAGAAGCCAAUUCAGUCUGCUCCUCCACUAAAAAUCUCUAGUGUAUCAGAAGUAAUGGAAGAAUCUAAACGGCCUGACUCACAACUUCAAGAACAAAAGAGAGAUAAGCCAGCUUCAACAACUACACCUACAGAGGCAGCUCAAAUUAUUUCCGCAGCAGGUGAUACCCUGUGGGUCCCAGCCCCUGCCAUUCAGCAUGGAGAAACUGGUAAAGGAAAGCCCACGCCCACAUCUUCUGCGAGGCAGUGA